UGAUUUAUAGCUCACAGUGCUUCAGCUCCACUCAGGUUUUUGGGCUUGUAACAAGCACUAAGCUUGAAGCAAGCACACGUGCACUUACUCACAGGAGACACCUUAUCAGCCAGGGCAUAGGUGAAAGAGAUUUUUUAAAAUUAAGGACUAUUGCAUUUGAAAAAUUUGUCUGUGCUUUAAAGUUUAUAAAUCAGCAUGGAAAUAUUAAUUUUUUUUUUUUUUUUUACUGAACUGCUAAGAACUGGGCUGGUACUUGGUGUGGUCUGCUGCUAUUACUUGAAGAAUAAAAAGAAAGGAGAUCUCCUGUAAGAACUGGUGGUGGAGGAAUUCCUUUUUCUCCAAGACAGUAAUUUUUACAGUGGUGGAAAGGGAGGUGCGAUGGCCACAGCUGCUUUCCAGGACUCAGCACCAGCUCAGCUCCACUUCCCUCUGGGCACGGCCCCUCUGCUGUGGGCCAGCACCAUCACCAUGCACGUCUCCAGGCCCAAAUCUGCCAAGGGACAGAGGCCAAGCCUGAGCCACCGCCAGGGCACGGAAGCCUGCCCGUGCCAGGUGCCGUGUUCCCCGCCGGCAGCCUCUCCUCGGGAAUUAGUGAAGAGCCGGAGAGCACCGCUCACAAAAGCAGCAUUCCCACCUGCCCAGGUGUCUCCUGGCAAAAUCCCAAAGCUCCUGCAGCAAGUGCCUUUGAAGAGCUGCUCCUCCUCCCUGAACAGGUACCGGGUGCUCCCCUCCAUCGGCAGGAAGGGCGCAGGGAGCAGCGCCGUGGAGGCGUUGGCUGAGCGGACCAACCUGCUGGAAGUGAGCGGGGGGCAGGAGGAUGCUCCAAAAGCCAGCAAGCCUUUUUCUGGAGGACAGGGAUCUGCCAGCACACUGUCAGGAAGCGGCAUUCCCACCGAAGACAGCUCACAGGCGUACUGUGCCCCCGAGCAGGGGGGCAGGCAGGGGAGCCCCUGGGUGUCCCCUGCAAGCUCGGAGGAGCCGCACGUGCUGCUCGCUGUCCGCUCUCCCUCCGGGCAGAGGUUUGAGCACCACUUCAAGCCCUCUGACAGCCUCCAGACCGUCCUUGCUGUGGCAGGACAGAAACUGUUGGCCAACUACCAACACUGCAGCAUUGAAACCAUGGAGGUGCCCCGGAGGAGCUUCUGUGACCUUUCCAAGUCCCUUCAGGAGUGCGGGAUCCUCCCCAGGUCCGUGCUGUGCAUCCGACAGGACGAGCAGCACGAUGCAGCAGAUCUUUAGGCACACAGAGACCCCGAGGGUUCUUCUGCUCAGUGGGGUGCAGUGCUUCUUCCAAAAACUGAGAGUCUGAUGCUUCCUGCACCUCCUUCUUAACCUUCUAUCUCCCACAAAAUCCCCAGGAAGCAGAGUUAUGGAUAUGUAGCAGUACUUGAAAUAGUAUUUCAGAUGUAUAAACUCGAUUCAUACAGAACAGCCUGUGUCACCUGUGCCAUCAAAAAUUUCUGCCUCAGCACCACCAACCUUCAGCCUUUCUGGUUUGCUGAAGUUCCUGAUGUUCUUUGAAAACUCAGGUAUUCAAGACCUCUCCCCUUGUCCUUUUCUAUGUUUUGGGAAGGUACCACUUCUCUGAAUGCAGAAGCACCAUUUGGGAAGGUAGAAACAGAACUGGUUUAGCUACAGGACCACCUUCAGUAGAUUAUCAUUAUGCUAAAUGUCUUCUCAAGAGACUGAAAAGAAAAUCAAACCCCAAACCCAUCUGGAAAUAACAGUAAUAACACAUGAAUGAGUUAUUGUGAAGUAUUAAAUUGCAAGACUGAUCAUAAAAUAGCUGUGAGGGCUCAGGUCUUUCUGGGUAACCUCAGUCCAGCUCUUAACUGUGACUAAAUAAUCUUUUUAAUAACAAAUAAUUAUUAUUUUGGCUGUCUUGGGGAGCAACAGGAUUUUCUCCUUAGUUUUCCUUCUCUUAUUUGGCUCAUGUGAUCCAUAGGUAAGAAAAGGUGGAUAGUUAAGAAGGGAUUUUUUUACAGAUAAUUCCAUUUAAUGCCUUUACACUGAAGUUAGUCCAAGGAGCAAGUGCUGCUUUGGGAAUUUUUAAAUAAGAUAUUAAUGGGAUUUGACUGGGAAUUGGCUCAAGGAGUAAGCCAUCUUUUACUAAACCACCAUUAAAAGGCUGGUCGGGUGACUUGGCAGGUUUAGGCAAACACAAUGUGCUUGUGCUAAAAAAAGAGAAAUAUCUUCUAGUUUUUAAUGGAAUUUCAAAGGCAGUAAUUUUUAAUCUCCUUUAACAAUGCCACACAGAUGAGUGAGUUUAAAUGUUUUGAGGCAAACCAAAUUUAUUUUGAAGCUCAGUGUAAGUGCCAAACCAACUAGGCACAGGAGCACAAACGCAACAGGAGCAGAAAGCUGAUUGCUGGUGCUGGCUGUGAGUGUGAUACCUGAUGCUAAAUCAAGUGCUCAGCAGCUUUGUAAAACCAGUAUCUGAUGGAACAGUGGUCCCUGCUGCUGUGAUGGGAAUCACUCAGCAGUCCUGGAUAUUGAAACAUCUGGAUGCCUUCAACAGAACCACAAAGUAUUUCACUUGGUUUCAGGAAAAGGGACCAUUUUCCAGUUUCCUUCAGAGUUAGGUGGUUAAUUCCUCUUUCUGCCUGUUGUGGGUACUGUGUUACUCCUGUAUUUCAGAGUAUUUUAAUCCUGUGUUAAAUAAAACCUUUUAGGCUGAAAUUUGAACUUUAAAUGAUUUACAUGAGCUGAGGUUUGUCCAUCACACCUGUUCUUAAGAAACCUUCAAUUUGAUGGCAAAUACCUCAGGGGCUGCCCAAACCAGCCUUUGGAUGGUCAGCUGUCCUCCACACCACCUUCCUGAAGUUUGUGUCUGCAUCCUGUGCUCAGUACAAGCCUGCAGCCAAGGAAGAAGCACAAUUCAUCAGUGACAAGCUGUGACCAGAGCUGGGGACCACCAGGCAGCUGUGAGAGCACAGGGGCUCUGAGCAAGAACAGAACAAUCAGACAAUUCAGAGUCACUUGGCUCGUGGUGGAUUUCUCAUGCUGCAGGAUGUUCCUCCUGAUUAAGCUGGAUGAGUUUGGUUCUAAUCACCUCACCCAGGCUACAGCAUCUCCAAAGAUGGGCAAAAAACCAUCAAGUCUUGUUCUAGGCAAGCACAGUGCAGGGAAAACACCUCUUUUCUCCCUCAGUUCUUCUCUUCCCUUCAGAACUGUUCUGGGGAGAUUUUAGCAGCAAUUGUAAGUACAGCACAAGAAGCACAGGGGGAAGAACAAUACUCAUCUGACCUCAUUUAUUGUGUGGAAUCAUUUAACAAGCUUCUUUGUGGAAACCUUUUAAGAAUUUCAGCACUAAAAUUCAUUCUGCACAAAUAUAAAACUUAUCAGGACUUUUGGAUGAGAAUGUCCUUACUGAGGCUUUUAAACACCAACGAAGUAUUCAAGCAAGAAGUCAGCAAAGGAAUUGUUCACUAUGUGUUCUUUAAUUCCAAUUAAAAGUACAUUAGAAACAGCACACAGGACCAGCAGCAGCUUCCACGACAAUUCAACCCAAUACUCUGCUGUCACCAGGUCAUUCAACUGUACUAGGAAAGUAGGUGAUUAAAUCAAGUCUUCCACUCCACACGCAAGCACUCACUCACCUGCCACUUUAAAUAGGAUUCCAACAGAAUAAAAAUAGAUACACCCCAGAAUACAAAAAGUUUAAUUUUAAGCUGUUUUUUUUUUCUUCACUAAAGCCUUUAUACAAAUUGAUAAAAGGGUGCACAAUUUCCUAAAAUUUUAGGUACAUUUUAAAUGAGCCUUUUUUUACUUGGUAAAAGGAUCCAUAUUCCUGUCUUUGAACAGAAUAUGAUGGCCAAAAUUGCAAAGAAAACAAUUCAGUUUAAAUUUACAAUUUAUACAUUUGUUUUGACAUGAUUCCCACGCUGAGUAGCAGGCCCAUGGCUGCUCAUGCAUGUCCCAUUUCCCCCCAACAAAGAGCUGUGCACCCUAAGUUCUGGUUCAGGAGCCUCCUUCUCCUGGAGACUGGGCUGGGGGAACAGCCCACAGUGUCCAGCUGUGUGCACAAGAGUGGUCCCAACACACAGGAGGCAUCAUCCUUCCUUCUCCAGGAGCUGUGAAUCCUUCCUUCUCCAUGGAACACCCCGGGGCAGGGACCAACAACAAUAUUUUGCACUAUGGAGCACUUCCCACCUGCAAUUUGGCUGAGCAAUUUGACUCAAAACUCUGGUAACUAAAACAUACUGCAACAGGUAAAUUUGGUGUUCUAAAGGUACAUUUUUUUGGUCAAUGCAGGCUAUCAUGAUUUGUUUGUUCUUUUAAUCCUGUAUCUGAUGGGUGAAGCCCAACAGCUCUGUAUAUUACCCAUGCUGAGCUUCACAACACGGUGCAUUUAACCAA